GCAGCAUGGCGGGCGGCCUGCGCCGCUCCAUCGCCCGUCAGCUUUCCCGAGUUUUGGAUCUUCCUCCAGAAAACUUGAUAAAGUCAAUAUCUGCGAUUCCUAUCUCCAGAAAACAAGAAGUUGCUGACUUCCAACUUUCUGUACGUUCUGUGCUGGAGAACAGCUCCAGGGAUAAAUCAGGAACGGAUAUUCAAGAACAAGCCCAGAGCCUAGCGAAAAAGCUAAAAUGUGAUACAGUGGUGAGUGAAAUCAGCACUGGGCCAGGAACAGUAAAUUUCAAAAUAAACCGAGAACUGUUAACAAAGACAGUGUUGCAGCAAGUGUUUGAAGAUGACUCAAAAUACGGAUUAAAAAGUGAACUGUUCUCAGAGCUUCCCCCCAAGAAGGUAGUGGUUGAAUUCAGUUCACCCAAUGUUGCCAAAAAAUUUCAUGCUGGACACUUGCGCUCCACAAUCAUAGGGAAUUUUAUCGCAAAUCUCAAUGAAGCACUAGGACAUCGAGUAACCAGAAUAAACUACCUCGGCGACUGGGGCAUGCAAUUUGGUCUUUUGGGAACUGGUUUCCAACUGUUCGGCUGUGAAGAAAAGCUCCAGUCCAAUCCCUUACAGCACCUCUAUGAUGUUUACGUUCAAGUUAAUAAAGAAGCAGCAGAUGAUGAAAACGUGGAGAAGUCGGCGCGCGAGUUCUUCAGACGCUUGGAAACGGGUGAUCAGGAGGCCGUUUCAUUGUGGAAAAAAUUUCGGGACCUGAGCAUCGCAGACUACUUUCGGAUUUACAAGCGUCUAGGGGUACAUUUUGAUGACUAUUCAGGAGAAUCGUUUUAUCAAGAGAAAUCUCAGGAGGUCUUAAAGCUCUUAGACGGUAAAGGACUCCUUCAGAAAACAACGCAAGGAGCAGCAGUGGUGGAUCUUUCUGAAACAGGAGACUCCUCCCUAAUUUGCGCUCUCAUGCGAAACGACGGGACUUCACUUUAUGCCACCAGAGAUCUUGCCGCUGCUAUUGAUCGAAUGGACAGAUACCAUUUUGAUUCAAUGAUUUAUGUGACUGAUAAAAGCCAAAGACGACAUUUUCAGCAAGUGUUCCAGAUUCUGAGGCUCAUGGGAUACGAAUGGGCAGAAAGGUGUCAGCAUGUUCCGUUUGGAAUAGUGCAGGGGAUGAAGACACGGAGAGGAGAUGUUACUUUUUUGGAAGAUGUUUUAAAUGAGGCUUGCUCGAGGAUGCUGGAUAAUAUGGCUUCUAGUAAAACUACCAAAGGUCUGGAAAACCCCCAGGAGACUGCAGAGCGAGUCGGGCUAGCAGCGCUGAUUGUUCACGACCUCAAGGGUUUGCUCUUGUCUGAUUAUCAGUUCAGCUGGGAUCGGGUUCUCCAGAGCCGAGGUGACACCGGUGUCUUUCUGCAGUACACGCAUGCCCGACUGCACAGUUUAGAGGAGACGUUUGGAUGUGAUCGGCCGAGUGGCUUCAACACAUCAUGCUUACAAGAGCCGCAGUCUGUUUCAAUCCUCCAGCACCUCCUCAGGUACGACGAGGUGCUGUACAGAUCUUCUCAGGACCUCCAGCCCAAGCACAUCGUCAGCUACCUUCUCAUACUGAGUCAUCUGGCAGCUGUGGCUCAUAGAACAUUGCCUAUCAGAAACAGUCCCACCGAAGUAGCAGAGGCCAGACUCCAUCUUUUCAAGGCUGUCCGCUCUGUUCUGGCCAGUGGAAUGAAACUUCUGGGCAUCACACCUGUAACUAAGAUGUAAUUUUAAAAGACUGACAUUUA